CCAGCAGUGUUCCGAUAGCAUCGCGUAACUAAUCACGCAGUCGUUUGAUUCGUUCAACAUGAGCAACUUUUUCGAAACCGUUGAUCCGACCAUUUUUCGGUCGUACAUUUUCUGGUCCGCGGUACUGGGCCUCAAAAUGUUGGUCAUGUCCAUACUAACGGGCAUGAAGCGGCAAGCCAAAAAGGCUUUUGCCAACCCGGAAGACGCGCCCAAAGGUGUCAAGCCGGUUACCAACGAUCCGGACGUGGAGCGUAUUCGGAGAGCGCAUUUGAACGAUCUGGAAAACAUUCUUCCCUUCUUCGUCAUUGCAUUCCUAUACCUGUUCACCAAUCCGAGUGUUUUGGUGGCCACAAAUCUGUUCCGUGCGGUGGCCGUGGCGCGGAUUGUGCAUACUUUGGUUUACGCCGUGUUUGUCAUUCCCCAGCCAGCCCGUGGGUUGGCUUGGAUGGUGGGAUACUUCAGCACCGGCUACAUGGCUGUCACAACGAUCCUCGCAUUUCUGUGAUGUAAGCUAAUAAUAGAUUAUGGAAAUAAUUGAUUCUAAUAGGACUAGGCACCAAGACGGGACAAUAAAAAGUGUUUUGCAUUUUUUCUUAGUGAUGCCAGCCAUGAAUAUUAAUGUCGGGUGACCAUGCGGUAGUCAGUGUCUGUGUCAUCAAUUCAGGGCACGUUUUGCAAAUCACUUUUUGAUGUUUAAUAAUGCUCUUCUGGGUGGACCAUCUCAUUGUUGGGAAGAAUGUUAAGCAAGGCAAGAGUAGGUUUGAAGAAGAUAUUUUCACUUUUCACACAACAAACAAGUAUCAAAUAUUCUGAUAAUGAAUACACAAUUGCAACUCUAAAACAUCUUCCAACUGUCAAUUUUCUGCUGCCAACUUCUCACAUUGCAAUCUUACUUAUUAAGUAU